GGUCCGGAGGGCUAGGGUGCUUCUUGGAGUAGGGGUGGUCGGUAGCUGGAACACUCGGAGGAUUCAGAUUGGAUUUGGACUGGGCAGGCAGAGAGGGCGGCGGCGAUGGCGGAGGGCUACACGGAGUUGGAGAAGGCCAUCGAGGUCCUGGUGCGGAAUUUCUACAAGUACGUGUCCAAGCACAGCCUCAUCCGCAACAAGAUCAGCAAGAGUAGCUUCCGCAAGAUGCUGCAGAAGGAACUGAACCACAUGCUGACGGACACAGGCAACCGAAAAGCUGCGGACAAGCUCAUCCGGAACCUGGACGCCAAUCACGAUGGACGGAUCAGCUUCGACGAGUACUGGACCUUAAUCGGGGGCAUCUCCAGCCCCAUCGCCAACCUCAUCCGCCAACAGGAACAACAGAGCAGCAGCUAAAUUGACCCCUCCCCUCACCACCCCCGACCUCCCCUACCUCCAGCCCACCCACCUCCCUUUCCUUAGCCCAAAUUCCAUCCUUAAUCCAUUUACUUAUUUGCUUAAAUUCAGGCUGGGAGUUUAAACUCCCUGCGUCCUCUGGGUUAAGUAACUGGCCUUCAUGAAGACUUUCAAGUGACUUUAACGUUACAGUCACUGGCCUUUUUGUGAUUCUCAACCCUUGACUUGUCCUUGGAGAGUUUGAGCAGUUGUCAGUAUGUUGGGAGUUCCCAGCUCAAAGGGCUCUCAGUUUACCCACAUCCCGCUGACUUUAUAGUUCUCCUUUACUUUCACUGCCCCCAGGGUCUGAGGAAACCAUCCCCAAGUCCUAAGGCUUUGGACCCCCAGCUCUGAGUUUAAGCGGAUGAAUACUGAGUGGAAUUGCUCAGUUUAAGGCUGAUGGUUGGCCGGGGGAGGAAACAGGGAGAUUCAGGUCAGGGGAGGUGCUGGGUGAAGGGCGUGGGGAUGCGCUCCUGAGGUCUUUCCGUCCAUGCCCCUGUACCCACACUCAUCAGGCUAUGUCCUUCUCCUGGUUUGGGAGCCAGUUUCAAUAAAAAAAACCCCAUCUGGGCUGAUGUCAUGGCCUCCUCAA